CACAAGCAGCGAGCACAUCACUUCUUCGGGUGCUCUCACUCCAACCGCACUUCUACGGCAUAAUCCAUCCAAUCAAUCACCAAAGGAUGCUCUUCAAGGUGACUUUGCUGACCUUCUUGGGAUUGGUGCUUGCCUUCCCCGAAGACAGUUAUGGGCCUCAAGCUAAGGAUUAUCAGAGUCAACCGAUGCCUUACAACUUCGCCUACGGAGUGAAAGACGAAUACGCUGGUGCUAACUACGGACACAACGAGGACUCGGAUGGAAAAGCAGUCAAGGGCUCUUACACCGUUCAGCUUCCCGAUGGCCGCAUUCAAACGGUUGAAUACAUCGCUGACCACUUCAACGGGUUCCAAGCGAAGGUCAGUUACCAAGGAGAAGCUCAGUAUCCACAUGAGUAUGGACCUGCAAUCACCUUCAAGCCCCAAACGUACAAGGCUCCGAACACAUACAAUUAGUCGACAGAAGAUGACUGACAUUGUUAACAAAUUUUGUUAAUACUAUUCGCAAAGCUAGUCAAAGGAUAUAUAGUGUUAUUAUGUUGAAUAAAAUUGCAUUAAGAAA